AUGUCCAAUCAAUUAUUCACCAUUCUUGACACAACUCUCACCCUCAUCGGCCAAUUUCAAAUAGCCCUCACCGCGCCCCCAGCAGCCGCAACCGAAGCCGCAAACGAUGCCGAAACCCUGCCCCUCCUAACGGCCUCCUCGAGCGCGCUCAAAGGACACGUCACGAAACUCUCCCUGCUGGCUGUUACCUCGCCCUUCACGCAUUCCGCUGUUAGCACUGUGCUCCGCGAGCUCAAUGAAUCUAUACUGCCGUCCCUCGUGACCGCUUCCCUUCUCGUUACACCAGCGCAAUACACCAAGGCCUUUCACUCCGAGGUAUUAGUUCUUGUCAAGACAGCUUUGACGGAGCUUUCCGGGCUGGUUCGGGAGGUCAAAUCUGUCGGAGAAAAGAAAAAGCAGGAGAAGAAGGAUACAGGGAAGGAGAGCGGUGUGACGAAAUCCGAGAAGGAUGCCGUGAUGCUCGCUACAGGCCGUACCUGGGAUGCGUGCGAUGCUGCGACCGAUGUUGCGAAUAAGGGCGUUGUUGGAUUUGUCAUGCGCCGCGUGGAGCAGUGGAGGGACCUGGUUCGCGACGCGGUUGAGGAAAUUGAGGAUUGGGAUCCAGAAGAAGAGGACGAUGGUUUCUUUGAUGACAUUCUGGGUGAUGAGGGGAAGAAUGAAGAUGAUGAUGAGGACGAUGAUGAGGAUGACGAAGAAGAGACAGCUGCUCUCCAGGAACACAAGAAAUCUACCCUUCGUUUCUUAAAGCCUAUCGCUCAGGCCUACCCAGCUAUCAUCAACAACCGGCUGAAGAAUGCCGGAAAUGCGCCGUUGGCUUCUUCGUUGGGUGUCAAGAAGCUGGAGUCCUUGAUGCUAAAUCUGCAAGCCAUCCCAGACAAUGUCGACGAGGCAGCUGGCGCGUUGUAUGACGCCAAUUUUGAAACCUCUGCUGAGUAUCUGCGGAAGACGAAGAAGUGUGCCACACAAGCGGUGGAGUUGGUCGCGUCGCCCUGGGGCGCUGCGGAUGUUAAGGACGAUGCACCUGCAGACAAGUUCGCUGCAUGGUCGAAGACGUGGCUCAAGGUGAUUGACGAGGUCAGCAAGUCAAUUGAAGAAAACUGA